AUGAGAGCAAUACCCAUGGGGGAAAUUCUCAAUCGUACAAAAGUCUCGUGCUCUGGUUCUUUCCUCAGAAUAUCAGCUGCUACAGGAUCAGUUCUUAGAAGAAGGGAGCAGCUUCCUUUACAAAUAUACAAAUUUUUUCAAUAUAAUGCUAGGACCUUGCAGAUGAAGUGUAGAGCAUGUCAAAUGUAUAGUUUUGGACCUGCCACAAUAGUCCAUCAAUCAAUCAUCCAGAAGAAAAUCGAUACAAUCCCAUACCUUCAGCCAACGUGCGAAGCCUCGGCAGCCCCACGGGUACCGCAUCCAUAUACACCGAACCAUUCCUUCUCUCGCCCACCUCACCCACCCCGCCGCCGGGAAACGUCGUCACGUCCGGCAAAGACGCCGAACCACGGCGGUAGGGCCCCCCGUCCCCCUUCCUCCGCCUCCCGGAAGGAUACUUCCUCACGAGCUCCGCCGCGUCUCCGCCGUCCUCCCCCAUCGCCGCGUCCUCUCUAUCUCUCUCUAUCGCCUUGGCAAACUCGAGCAGCUGGUUCAGAGUUUUCCGGUGCAUAUAGUAUGCCGAAACCGCCACAAACGACGCUCCAAAGAGAGCCGCCAUUGCUAGAUGAAGCGAAUAAACAUCCAUUUUCGGCUGUGAUGCAGAGCGAAGCUGCAACUAUGCAAUUGAAAAACCCUACUGCUGAGGAUAGUGAGAGAGUGCCCUGUUUUAGUGGUUUGUUGACAGGGGAGAAGAGAGAAAGGGGCGAGCUGAUGGGGAAAAUGGAAUAUUUCUAUGAGUUUUUGCUCGACCAACGGGAGAAGAGUGAAAAGCUUCAAGGCCGGACAUCCAAGAACAUUUGCAUAACACAUGAAACUACAAUACUGCAUAAGAGCCUCGACCAAUGGGAGAAGAUUUUCAACUUGGGGUUCGUCUAUCUUGACCCACCCCUCCUCGGCUGCACGCUCGAGGCCCAACUUGUACGUGGUGCUAAGCCCGUCCUUAUGGUCCAUCUCCUCGGCUCAUCCCCACAGUUUCGUAAAAUUAGAAAAAUGUCGGGUGACGAAAGAAAAGAGAGGGAUUUGGAUCUCACCUCUCCUGAAAUCGAUGGGAUUCGCAUGCAAGAAACCGAAGAAGGUUUCGGAAGGGAGUCUUUCACCAGAGCUUCUGUUUCAACAAUGAGGGCCAAGGUGAAGCAUCUCGAUUCGAUCCUUCGUUUAUCUCUUGCUCUCUGUUUGUUUAUUUCCGUGCUGUUUUCAUGGGGUUUUGCAGUGGAAGAAGAAGCGUAUGAGGAGGUUGAAGAGGAAGCGCAGAAAGAUGAGGCAGAGAUCCAAAAUUCGCGUGCUUUUGUGGAUUCAUCCCGGCCUGAUGGCACGGGCAAUUGA